AUGGCACCCUAUGAAAUGUUGUACGGGAAGAAGUGUCGAUCACCACUACACUGGGAUGAGGUUGGCGAAGAGCGAUACUUAGACCCAUACCUAGUAAAAGAGGCCACUGAAGCGGUAGAAAAGAUUCAAAAUAGAAUGGUUACUGCACAAAGCCGCCAGAAAAGUUAUGCCGACGCAAAGCGAAGGAUUGUGGAAUUUGUAGUGGGUGAUAAAGUAUUCCUUCGAGUGUCACCCAUGAAAGGGGUUAUGCAUUUUGGAAAGCGGGGAAAGCAAAGUCCAAGAUUUAUAGGUCUUUUUGAGAUAUUGGACAGAGUGGAACAGGUAGCUUAUCGACUGGCAUUACCAGUACUAUUAGCUGAGACGCAUAAUGUGUUUCACGUUUCUAUGCUACGAAAACACGUGUCGGAUCCAUCACACAUGCUGACCUAUGAAAGAAUGGAGCUAAAGCAGGACUUGAGUUAUGAAGUGCGACCAGUUCACAUUAUAGAGAGGGAAACAAAGGAGUUAAAGUCCAAAAGUAUUCUUCUAGUAAAAGUUCUGUGGAGCAAAUGUUUAGAAAGGGAGGCGACGUGGGAAUGGAGGAAGACAUGA